AUGUCGCGCUCUUCGAAUUACAACGGCGUCGUCGCGACGAGUGAUUCGGAUGACCUCCCUCCGAAUCAAGGAUACGACGCAGUCAUAUCUGCAAUUGUAACAAUGUUACAAGAUGUACUUGAGUGCGACGAUGGUCAAGGCGACGAUGGUAUACAAGGAUUUGUGGGAGUCGCAGGACUUUCCGGUAAUCCUGGUACAUCCGGUGUGAUGGGUCCAGAUGGUCUGGACGGAUGCAACGGAACCGACGGUCGUGCUGGUGCACCAGGUAUACCUGGAGUUUUCGGGCCUCGUGGUGUACCAGGUCCCCUGGGUGAUUAUGGUUACCCGGGAGAACCGGGCGAUGGAGGUAUAAAUUCGGUCGGUGCCAAAGGAAUUCGCGGGAAUCCCGGUAUUGAUGGUUUGGAGGGUUAUCGAGGACAGCAGGGGCUCACCGGCGAGACGGGUUAUCCAGGAGACACAGGCGACUUUGGUUUGUCGGGUUCACCUGGCUUGCCAGGUAUGCAAGGUGAGCGUGGUGACACCGUGUACGGUGUGAAGGGUCAACUUGGCGAACAAGGAGACAGGGGAGAGCCUGGAUCACCGGGUAAAGAUGAAUAUAAGAAGAAAGAAAAUUCGUUGCCUGUGAAAGGACCGCAGGGUCCAAAAGGCAUGAAGGGUUUCUACGGCGAUCGAGGUCGUAAGGGAGAAUUGGGCGCUAAAGGUCCACAGGGUCGACCAGGGUUUUUAGGUAUUAAAGGUAUAAAAGGUGAACAAGGUGAUGAUGGACCAAGAGGUAAACAGGGUGUCGAGGGUCCACCUGGUCCGGCUGAUGAAAAGGGAGAGAAAGGAGCUCCAGGAUUUGCUGGAAUGCCUGGUCCAGACGGAGAAGAUGGAGAACCAGGAGAAGAAGGAAAUCGUGGUCCACCUGGUAGACAAGGAGCUGAAGGAGAACCUGGACAAUACAUUCCAGAACUUGAUGAGAUAAUUGCCGGAAAUAUUGGAAUCCAAGGAGAUCUUGGCCCCCCAGGCGAAGCAGGCGAACCAGGAACACCGGGUCUGUCAGGAAAGGUCGGUUUCAUAGGACCGCCAGGACCACCAGGACUUCCAGGUAAUCCUGGUUUCGCAGGAGCAAAAGGCUCAUCUAUAAAAGGAGAACAAGGAGAUGAUGGCUUACCAGGACCUGUGGGACCUCAAGGAUCGUCCGGAUUACCCGGUUUACCCGGAAUUAUAGGUGCCAAAGGAUUUCCGGGAAUAACGAUAACUGGACCGCCGGGACCAGACGGCAAUCCAGGUCUUCCAGGUUUGUCAGGUCCGCCCGGCGAUCGUGGUGAUCCUGGUCCUCCAGGAGAAAAAGGUUUUCCUGGAAAAGGAAUAAGAAUUCGUGGCCCACCUGGAGAACGUGGUCUACCCGGAACACCUGGUAUUUCUGGUCCUGACGGCUGGCCAGGAUUUACCGGCCCUAAAGGUACCAAAGGUAUUCGAGGAGAUGACUGUGGCAUAUGUUCCCCAGGUUUGCCCGGUGAGAAAGGACAACGUGGUGAAUCUGGUUUGGAUGGAUAUCCUGGAACUACGGGAUUCUCUGGAUUACCCGGUCCUCGAGGAUUUAAGGGUAUUCUAGGAAAGCGUGGCCUGUCAGGACCAGCGGGGCUUGAGGGUGACAGCGGAAGAUCCGGUAUUGCAGGGAUUCAAGGACCUAAAGGAGAACAAGGAAAGAUAUUCUUCCCGCCAGGUGAGAAGAUUGUAAGUCCACCGGGUGAUUUUGGUGAGAAAGGCUUACCAGGUCCCGAAGGAAUCAGAGGUCUACGAGGACAACCAGGACCCAUUGGCGACACUGGUGUACCAGGACCAAAAGGAGAUAAGGGUGAACAUGGUCUUCCUGGAUUACCGGGAAAAGACGGUUUGCCAGGAUGGGAUGGUAUUCCUGGCGAAAAGGGUGAAGAUGCUUCGAUACCAAUCGAAUUCUUGCGUGGAGAUCCGGGAUAUCCGGGAGAGGAAGGAAUAAAAGGAAUACAAGGAGAUAAGGGUAACAAGGGAGAACCUGGUGUAUCUGCAGAAUAUAUCGCAGAUAGCCAGGGUGACAAGGGCUACAAAGGUGCUAGAGGAGCUCCCGGCGAGAAUGGUUUCAAAGGUUUUGAAGGACGUCCUGGCGAUGAAGGUCUGCCAGGAUUGUUUGGUGAGCCUGGUUCUCCAGGAAUUUCGCUUCAAGGUUCUGUAGGUUUAAAAGGAUAUCCCGGAAUGCCAGGAGACCAGGGACUUCGAGGCACAUCAGGCUCACCUGGACUACAGGGGCCAGUAGGCUUUCCGGGUCGUAUUGGCAAUAAAGGUGAACGAGGAGAACCAGGAUCAAAUUUAACAUACGGCGAAAUUGGAGAACGUGGAUGGUACGGUCCAAAAGGUGAUUUUGGUGAUGCUGGUCCACAAGGAUUACGUGGUCGACCGGGAGAAGAUGGUGUCAAGGGUGUCAAGGGUGGUAAGGGAGCUCCUGGUUACGAAGGAUUGCCUGGACUUGAAGGAGCCAAAGGUCAACGUGGAGAUAGUAUACAAGGUGGUCGUGGAUUUCCGGGCCAGCCUGGAAUGCCCGGAAUGUCCGGAAGAAUCGGAAACGUCGGUAUCCGCGGUCCUGAUGGUCCUUCUGGUUUUGAUGGAAUGAAAGGCCUAAAAGGAGAAAUCGGUUUUAUUGGACGACGUGGUGACGAUGGUGAUGUGGGACCUCAAGGAUAUCAAGGAAUGCAUGGUGCACAAGGUUUACCGGGUGCUCCAGGAGAAAAGGGAGAUGUCGGUGAGAGUGGCGACCCGGGACCACUCGGUUGGCCUGGUUUUGAUGGUAUAGACGGAGCACCCGGUUCUAAAGGAGAGAUGGGAGACGCUGGAAUUCCUGGUUUCCUAGGAGGUGAACAUGGUCUUCCUGGAUUACCGGGAAAAGACGGUUUGCCAGGAUGGGAUGGUAUUCCUGGCGAAAAGGGUGAAGAUGCUUCGAUACCAAUCGAAUUCUUGCGUGGAGAUCCGGGAUAUCCGGGAGAGGAAGGAAUAAAAGGAAUACAAGGAGAUAAGGGUAACAAGGGAGAACCUGGUGUAUCUGCAGAAUAUAUCGCAGAUAGCCAGGGUGACAAGGGCUACAAAGGUGCUAGAGGAGCUCCCGGCGAGAAUGGUUUCAAAGGUUUUGAAGGACGUCCUGGCGAUGAAGGUCUGCCAGGAUUGUUUGGUGAGCCUGGUUCUCCAGGAAUUUCGCUUCAAGGUUCUGUAGGUUUAAAAGGAUAUCCCGGAAUGCCAGGAGACCAGGGACUUCGAGGCACAUCAGGCUCACCUGGACUACAGGGGCCAGUAGGCUUUCCGGGUCGUAUUGGCAAUAAAGGUGAACGAGGAGAACCAGGAUCAAAUUUAACAUACGGCGAAAUUGGAGAACGUGGAUGGUACGGUCCAAAAGGUGAUUUUGGUGAUGCUGGUCCACAAGGAUUACGUGGUCGACCGGGAGAAGAUGGUGUCAAGGGUGUCAAGGGUGGUAAGGGAGCUCCUGGUUACGAAGGAUUGCCUGGACUUGAAGGAGCCAAAGGUCAACGUGGAGAUAGUAUACAAGGUGGUCGUGGAUUUCCGGGCCAGCCUGGAAUGCCCGGAAUGUCCGGAAGAAUCGGAAACGUCGGUAUCCGCGGUCCUGAUGGUCCUUCUGGUUUUGAUGGAAUGAAAGGCCUAAAAGGAGAAAUCGGUUUUAUUGGACGACGUGGUGACGAUGGUGAUGUGGGACCUCAAGGAUAUCAAGGAAUGCAUGGUGCACAAGGUUUACCGGGUGCUCCAGGAGAAAAGGGAGAUGUCGGUGAGAGUGGCGACCCGGGACCACUCGGUUGGCCUGGUUUUGAUGGUAUAGACGGAGCACCCGGUUCUAAAGGAGAGAUGGGAGACGCUGGAAUUCCUGGUUUCCUAGGAGUACCAGGUCCGCCUGGAUUUAAGGGUAUCAUUGGUAAUGCUGGUCUCGAAGGAUUACCGGGGAUCCUUGGCGAAAACUCUUUCAGCGGCCCUCAAGGUGACAUGGGUGAACCUGGUUUUAUGGGAGAACCUGGGUCGCCUGGUUUAGCUGGAUUCGACGGACGACCAGGUUUACCAGGAGAACCGGGAUUAGCCACUGACGGCUUUAAUGGCCUGCAAGGACAGAAAGGUGAACCUGGGUUCGACGGAUACGAUGGUAUCGGAGGACCAAAGGGAGAAAUUGGUGACAUGGGUUCUGAUGGAUUAAAAGGCGAACAAGGCGAGCAAGGCUUCCCAGGAAGACCAGGUGCGCCUGGAAUACCUGGAAGAUACGGUGCUAAAGGUGAAAGAGGCCCGAUUGGACCACCUGGAUUUGAUGGCUUGAAAGGAAAACCUGGUCUCGAUGGUGACCCCGGUAUAAUGGGUAGACCAGGAAUGCCGGGUGAGCCGGGUGUGAGAGGACUUCCAGGCAUUAUGGGUUAUCCUGGACCAAAAGGUCACAUAGGCGAACCUGGUUUACCAUCUUACGCGUUUGCGGAGAAGGGUGAUUUUGGUAAUCGUGGCCACGAUGGUUUCUCUGGUGUGAAAGGACAGCCAGGCGAACCAGGAUAUAUUGGUGUACCUGGUCGUAAGGGUCAAAUUGGAGACAGAGGAUAUCCAGGUCCUGAUGGUUUGCUGGGAUUACCUGGUUUCCCUGGUCUGCCGGGUGAUCAAGGACCUCGUGGAGCUCCAGGUUUACCCGGUGAAUUCGCUGAACCAGGUGAACCUGGUCGCGCCGGUCUCGACGGUAUGCCUGGUAUUCCAGGACGUGCGGGACAAAAAGGAGCUCCUGGAGAAUAUGGUUCAAACGGACCUAAGGGAAUCUCUGGUGACGUAGGCCACAGCCUUCGUGGUCCUAAAGGAAUGAUCGGAGAGCCAGGUCUGCAAGGAUUCGUUGGCUUUCCGGGUACACCAGGUUUAGAAGGAUUGCAAGGUUUCCCUGGAGCACCAGGACCGAAAGGUCUCCGUGGAGAACCAGGAAUAUCUGCAGACAGUGCUAAAGGACAACCUGGCGAACCUGGAUGGCAUGGAUUAGAUGGUCGAACUGGAUUGAAGGGAAUGAGAGGUGACUCUGGUCUACCUGGUAUUGACGGAUUACCAGGACAGAAAGGAGAAAGAGGAGAAACUGGUGAACCUGGUCUACGUGGGCUGCCUGGUCCUGCAGGGCCAAAAGGAUCGAAAGGAGAACUUGGCAUAAAUCCUUUCCCACCGUUCCCGAGACGAGGAUUUCCCGGUGAUAUAGGAGAACCCGGAUUACCAGGUUUCCCUGGACUACAGGGAAUGAUAGGUGAGCCUGGUAAGGAUGGUCUGCCGGGUCGACAGGGUGAGACAGGAAUGAUUGGAAUUCCUGGGCCGCAAGGACCGGAUGGUAAAGAUGGACCUCCCGGAUAUCAAGGACCUCCCGGAUCUACAGGACGACAAGGACAAUCAGGUUUUCCUGGUGCACCUGGAUUACCUGCACCAAGUGGAAUUGGGCCAAGAGAUAGAGGAUUCUACUUUGCUCGUCACUCGCAAACCGAAAUGAUACCAGUCUGUCCAAGAAAUACCGUGAAGAUCUGGGAAGGAUUUUCGUUAUUGCACAUCAUGGGUAAUGGACGAGCUUACGCGCAGGAUCUUGGCGCUGCUGGUAGUUGCAUCAGGAAGUUCUCCACUAUGCCCUUCCUUUUCUGCAAUCUAAACAACGUAUGCGAUUAUGCCAAUCGUAAUGACUACAGCUACUGGCUCAGUACAACCGAACCUAUGCCGAUGAUGAUGACACCAAUACCGGCUCCAGAAGUUGGUAGAUACAUAUCGAGAUGUUCUGUGUGCGAAGCACCGACUAGAGUAAUAGCUGUUCACAGUCAAUCCAUGGCAAUACCUGAAUGUCCGGGUGGCUGGGAAGAAAUCUGGGUUGGAUACAGUUUCCUCAUGCACAGAGAUGCAGGUGCGGACGGUGGUGGUCAAUCCCUAGUCUCCCCGGGAUCCUGUUUAGAAGAAUUCCGCAUCAGACCAUUUAUUGAAUGUCGUGGCCUCGGCACUUGUAAUUACUUCGCUACGGCUACAUCAUACUGGCUAGCGACCAUUCACGACAACGAGAUGUUCCGCAAACCGCUGCAACAGACGCUCAAAGCCGAUUAUACGUCCCGAGUGAGCCGCUGCGCCGUGUGCCUCCGCCGACGGGUCACCGAAAUUUUGAAGCCUUUCACAUCCAACAAUGAGCGAGUUCCCAAUAAUUGGGGCAUUGCUCCACCGGCACCGCCACCUCGUAAUCCGCCGCCUGACUAUGAGUCCUCCAGGAUGCCGUUUAAUCCGUGGUCACCCUAUAAUCGAGGAAGAUACUCGCAUAGACGCGUACCCCAGCAUCAACGCAGGAGAGGUCGCGUACGCGGCAGGCACUGGGAAUCGACGGAGUCUUCCAAUAACGUGUAGGCGUAAUAAGAAUUGCGCAUAUAUCCAGCGGCAUCAAUGACGUGCAAGGGUGUAACGAGCCUAUGUAUAUAAAGAAGCAAGAAAAACUUUUGUUCUAUUAGUUAAGUUAUAUCGGCUGGGUGCCUUAGUUCGUAGACUUUGCAUCGGACAGAAAGCGCGAACGAAUGUUCAAGAACUACAUAAAGACUCAAGAUUAUAUAAACAAAAUACUAAUAAUUUCCGGUCUAUUUAAGUUGUUUGGAAAAUAAAUUAUAUAAAUAAUAAACUCCUUUUUAAAUCACAGACCAUUGAAAUUAAAGUAUUGGAUAUGAAAUGCAACUUUGAUAAACUUCUCAAUGCAUUUUAUCAUAUAUAUGCAUAUUAUAUUUAAACGCAAAUUUAUCAAUGCAUUUCAACAUGAUGAACAUGAAAGAAGAGUUGCUUGUCAAAGUAGCUGCUGUUGAAUCAAGGCCUGGAUUGCUGCUUAUCUGAAAAUCCUCUUCUAUCGUUCUUGAGAAUUUAUCGCUAUAUUCGUUCCCAUCUUGUGAAGAAAGUCUACGACCCAUUCUCCUGGCCAUCUCGUCUCUUCCUGCGCGUACGAUAAAAAGCGCCGCCGGCUACCGUGAAGCCAUAUAACUGCCUUAUGCCAAAUAGAAAAAGAACCUGUCGCGUCGGCUAUCGCGAAACUGCCAAUAACGUCGUGCUCUCCGAUGCGAUUUAUGAAAGAUCACACUACGAUAAUUAAAUUAACGUUAUGUUGUACUGCUAUUGUAACUAUUAUCUAUGUAUUUCGCAUUGAAUAAAGAUACUUUUGUAUAAGCUAAUCGACAUUUUUCCGGUUAUCUUCUUUCCGUUUAUCUCAAAUUAUAAAUUUCAUA